UUAUUUGUGUCUGGUGACUUCGGUGGCUGUGUGGCAGGUGCCCGUUGUCAGUUCGCAAUGCAGACAAAUCUGUACUACAUCUUGGAUGGAAUGGUCAAAGUGCAAUGUUUCUAGCUCUGUCCGGGUUCGCUUCAGUUCCGCGUGUUGUCCAGAUUCACAUAAUACGACUGCUUGUAUUGUAUUUUGUAAUUUUACGGACAGUGACAGACGAGAAGAGAAACCAUGUGACACAGGAUCAACAGUACCUUUAAGCGGCAGUGGCGGAAGUGGCAAUGGCGGAGGGAGUGUAACCAGUGGUGUUCAUCAUGGAGGUGGUGGAACCGGAAGUAGUACAGUCGGUCUUCAUGGCACUGGAAUUGGUGGACACGCCCCGUCUGCCAGCAGCAGUGAUGGACGUGGUAGUGGCAGCGGGGGGACUGGAAGUAGUGCAAACGGCAGCGGAGGGACCGGAAGUAGUGCAAGCGGUCAAAAUGGCGAUGGAACUAGUGGGCUCACGGCGGGUGUGACCGGUCGACAGGAGAUGCUUACUCCUGGGUACCUUAUCCCACCUCUGGUAUGUCCAGGGGCCCGUGUUUGCCAAACUCUUCGUUUUGUAUCUGACAGGAGUUAUGAGAUUGAUCACUGUUCGUUAUCUUCACCUUUAUAGGAGUUAUGAGAUUGAUCACUGUUCGUUAUCUUCACCUUUAUAGGAGUUAUGAGAUUGAUCACUGUUCGUUAUCUUCACCUUUAUAAGAGUUAUAAGAUUGAUCGCUGUUCGUUAUCUUCACCUUUAUAGAAUGUCUCCAUAUGAGUGAAAAAUUCUCGAGCGAGACGUUAAGCAAGAUACAAUCAAUCAAUCAAUCACCUUUAUAGGAGUUAUGCAAUUGAUCACUGUUUGUUAUCUUCACCUUGAACGUUGACGUUUACGACAAACUAAAAUCUAGAGUCGUCGACUUCUGCUUCAUACCUAGAUAUUUUAUUGAAAGUAGACAUUAACGGCAAACUGACAACUCAACUUUAUGACAAACAGGAUGAUUUCAAUCUCUCCAUCGUCAACUUCCCAUAUUUAUGUAGCAAUAUUCCAUUAUCACCUGCACAUGGUGUUUAUGUUUCCCAACUGAUUGGAUACGCAAGAGCUUGUUCAGCGUACGAUCAAUUUAUAAACCGAGGCAACAGACUAAGAAGUUGAUGAUACUGUGGUUUCAACAGUUUCGUUUAAAGUCAGCAAUUCGCAAAUGCCUAUGAUCAUUAAAAUGAUCUUGCUUACAUAUACGUCAGAUUCUAUCGUUGGGUUGAAUGAUGCCUGACGUGUUAUCAUACAUAUUGUUACGCCAUUCUUUUCAUACUGAUUAAAUGGAUUUCUCUGUUUAUCUGAUCAAGAAAAGGGACUCGCAGGGAGUGUGAUCCCUGAUCGCGGUUUUAUAUUGUUUAUAGGAUUUAUAAAAUUGAUUAUUGGUCGUUAUCUUCACCUUUUACAUAAACAUCCUUGAAGGGGCAUAUGGACGAUUUUUUAUCGAUUGAAAUUGACAGAUUUAAAUACUUUUUUAAAUAAGUGGAUUAAAAAUAUUUUCCCCACAGGAUAUGCUUUGUAUUUUUAUAAAAUCAACAUGCUUAUCGUAGUCAGGAAACCACGUGCGGAGAUGAGAAACCAAUAUUUCUAAACAGUAUAUCAACCUGUCGACAUACGUUAACGAUAAAUCAAUUUAGGGAGUAAGCACAAAUAUGAAAGAACAGAAAGUUUUUGUUGUAAAGAGUGUUUUUCACCGAAGCCGUCAACUGAGAAUUAAGUCAUGUGGCAAGUAAACAUAAACAGGCCCCAUGCCUCGUGCAUAUCUGCGUCAGUUUUUUUAAAGUGAGGUUUGUUGAUAUGUAUUACACGAAUCAAAUACUAUCAUAUUAUGAAAUUUUAAUCAAAUAUCUAAAUAAUGUUUUGAACCAAAUUGUGUCCAUGUCCUUUUAAAAGAGUUGUUUUAUUUACUGAUUAGUAGAGAGAGAAAUUAAUAAGGGACUGGUUCACGAUAUUUGCAAAAGAUGUUUUUCAUUUGUGAUGUUAAACAUUAAAAGUACAACUCAUUAAA